AUAGGAGGCUUGUAUUGGUGGCAGAUGACAGCUGUAAACAAGCUCCAGUGAGGCUCGGGCACUUUGAGGAACAACUUACCGGUUAAAGCACGAUAAAGAGUCAAAAGAGGAGCUCAAAUACGUAAGCAGAUGGUGAGAGGUAAAACCUUGGCCCAUUGUGGGCUGGUUCUGCUGAGUUUGUGGGUGUGUAUCCAGUCAGUGCCUAUCAGUGUGGACAAGACCAAAGAACAGCCUCAAGAGGAACUGCAGCCACCACAGAGCGCUGACACUGGGCUGCACUACGACCGCUACCUCAGGGAAGUCAUUGAGUUCCUCGAGAAAGAUCCCCACUUCAAAGAAAAGCUCAAAAAUGCAAACAUAGAUGACAUCAAGCAUGGCAAACUUUCCAAAGAGCUGGACUUUGUCCACCACAACUUUCGGACUAAGCUGGACGAGCUGAAGAGGGAGGAGAUGAACAGGCUGCGGAUGCUCAUCAAAGCCAAACAUGACAUCCAGGAGGGUAAUGGCCGGACAGCGAGCCACCAGGCCCUGCUGAAACAGUUUGACCACCUCAACCACCUGAAUCCAGACACUUUCGAGGUGGAGGACCUGGACCGCCUCAUCAAAUCGGCGACCAAAGACCUGGAGAACUUUGACAAGGGCCACCACGAUGAGUUCAAGAGGUACGAAAUGAUGAAGGAGCAUGAGAGGAGGGAACGUCUGAAAGCCCUGGAUGAGGAGGAGCGCAAGAGGGAGGAGCAGCACUACGAGGAGAUGAAAAAGAAACAUGCAGAACAUCCAAAAGUUAACCACCCUGGCAGUGAAGACCAGCUAAAGGAGGUGUGGCAGGAGGCAGAUGGUUUGGAUCCAGAAGACUUUGAUCCCAAGACCUUCUUCAAAUUGCACGACACCAAUGGAGAUGGCUUCUUUGAUGAGAGCGAACUUGAAGCUCUCUUCACUAAAGAGCUGGAGAAGGUGUACAACCCUGAAAAUGUAGAAGACGACAUGGUUGAGAUGGAGGAAGAGAGACUGCGAAUGAGAGAGCAUGUUAUGAAUGAGGUUGACACCAAUAAAGACAGACUUGUGUCACUGAGCGAGUUCAUGGCAGCCACAAAGAAGGAGGAUUUCAUGGAAAAAGACGAGUGGGAGACUUUAGAUCAAAACCCCCUUUACACCGAGGAGGAGCUGAGAGAGUAUGAACAGCAACUGGCCCACGAGGAGAAUGACAUCAACAAAAAGUCGGCCGACCUGCAGAAACAGAGGGAGGAACUUGAAAGGAAAGAGGAAGAACUCAAUGCUCAGAAGUUGGGGCUACAGCAGGCAGUAGAAGAAAUGGAAAGGUUAAAAGCUCAAAACUCAAAUGUUGAGGUCAAACAGCCGGGAGCUGAAUCUGCACCAGUUGUACCAGGAAACAGUCAACCACUGCCCCCCGGUCACCAGCAGCAAGGUGUACCGGUGCCAGGACACUCUUAGCAGUGCUCAAUGCACCGUGUGCUGUAUGAAUGCCAGAGAGCAUGUGUGCGUGUUUGCCUUGUAAUUAUUCCAAUUUUCCAUUUUUGUUUAGGAUUUUCAAAAAAAAACAACACAAUUUUAACAAAAAUCUGCCUAAAUAUUAAGAGCACAGGCUUGUUCAGGCUUCAGAUUUAGUGCCAGUGCCCAUUAUGCCCGAUUUGGCUGCAUAAAUCAGACUUGAAAUGUGGAGCUGGUCCAGUUUUCUCCGUGUACAAUCGACCCUUUUGUUUUUGUCAUUUUGAUCUUUUAUCACAACAAGGACGCCCAUGUUCUCCAUGGGAAGUGCUUUGGGGUGAAAUGGGAGGGCUUUUGGCCUGAUAUGUGAAUGUUUUGUUUAGUGCACACUGCAGUUCAUUGUCACUGAUACUGUCUGUUAGAGGAAAUACUUUUGAAGAUUAAUUUAUUUAUUCCAUUAAAGGGAGCCAGUUCAGAAAAAUGAAUGUCAGAAACGUAACUUUAGAGAGUUUAUGUUGUCCUGCUGCCUAAUGACUGAAAUGGUCCUAUUUACUUUACUUGUGUUUCACCACGUUAAUUUUCACGUUUGUUUUAUGGUUUUAUUUUUAGAAUGUGACCAUGUAUACCUAGGUUGGUGUGAAAGUAUGCUGUCAAUCAACAUUUCAAAACCACAGUUGACUUUGUCCUAAUACAUCUAAACUGUUUUAUAUAAGUUCUUAAAAGGAGUCCGUACUGCAACAACUACCCACAAUUCUCUUCAGUCAUCAUGAAAUUCUUCAAAGCCAUUUUAUUUUUACAGUUUAUGUCUACAUUCCUUCAAUUGUCCUUUCCAGCUGUCGUCCCCUUUUGGACCAGAUGAUUGAAGGAUAUAUUUAGUUUACAGAGUUAGAUAUAUUUAAAUCUUUUAAUUUAAUCUAAUUGUAAUGGUGUUAGAGUGACGGUUGUAUGGAUUCUGAAGUGGUUGUGUGUGUUCACUGUGUUUGUGAGUGUCUGUGAAUCUUUAUGAUUUUUGAUGAUAAAAUACUAACUUAUUUUUUUCUCUGCGCACUGUGAAUUAAACUACAGCUGGUUGUAUCUGACCUUGAAUUUGAUCACCUCAUUGGUAAAAAUUAAAUUAAACUCCAAAUAUAUAUAUAUAUAAAUAAUUCUAGAUUAAUACAACAGAUACAAUGACAAACAUAGUUCAUCUU